CCGCUCGGCCCCUCGCUUACCGUCGGGCCGGGCGGCAUGUGGCGGGGGCUGCCGGUGCUGGCCCUGGCCGGGCUGCUGCUGCUGGGCCGGGCGCCGCCGGGGCGGGGGGCGGCCUGCGAGCCGGUGCGCAUCCCGCUGUGCAAGCCGCUGCCCUGGAACAUGACCAAGAUGCCGAACCACCUGCACCACAGCACGCAGGCCAACGCCGUGCUGGCCAUGGAGCAGUUCGAGGGGCUGCUGGGCACCAACUGCAGCCCCGACCUCCUGUUCUUCCUCUGCGCCAUGUACGCGCCCAUCUGCACCAUCGACUUCCAGCACGAGCCCAUCAAGCCCUGCAAGUCCGUCUGCGAGCGCGCCCGCGCCGGCUGCGAGCCCGUCCUGGUCCGCUACAGCCACGCCUGGCCCGACAGCCUGGCCUGCGACGAGCUGCCCGUCUACGACCGCGGGGUCUGCAUCUCCCCCGAGGCCAUCGUCACCGCCGAGGGCGCGGAUUUCCCUAUGGAUUCCAAUAACGGCAACUGCAGAGGUGCUGCCAUGGAGCGCUGCAAGUGCAAGCCUGUGAAAGCCACCCAGAAGACCUACCUACGAAACAACUACAACUAUGUCAUCCGGGCUAAGGUGAAGGAGGUGAAGACUAAAUGCCACGAUGUCACUGCAGUGGUGGAGGUGAAGGAGAUCCUGAAAUCUUCCCUGGUGAACAUCCCAAAGGACACUGUGAACCUCCACACCAAUUCUGGCUGCCUGUGCCCACCCCUCAGUGCCAAUGAGGAGUACAUCAUCAUGGGCUACGAGGAUGAGGAGCGCUCCAGGUUACUCCUGGUGGAAGGCUCCAUAGCUGAGAAGUGGAAGGAACGUCUUGGUAAAAAGAUAAAGCGCUGGGACCAGAAGCUGCGGCAGGCAGGGCAGGGGCAGGGGCAGGGGCAGGGUCGGGCUGAGCCCGGCCCCAGCGCGGUGCCCCGGCCCCGGCCCGGCCCGGCCAGGCAGGCCCGGAGCCGGCUGUGACACCGAGGGCCCCAGAGCCGGCUGUGACACCAAGGGCCCCAGAGCUGCUGUGACACCGAGGCCCCAGAGCUGGCUGUGACACCGAGGGCCCAGAGCCGGCUGUGACACCGAGGGCCCAGAGCCGGCUGUGACACCGAGGGCCCCGAGCCGGCUGUGACACUGAGGGCCCAGAGCCGGCUGUGACACCGAGGGCCCAGAGCUGCUGUGACACCGAGGGCCCCAGAGCUGCUGUGACACCGAGGGCCCCGAGCCGGCUGUGACACCGAGGGCCCAGAGCCGGCUGUGACACCGAGGGCCCAGAGCCGGCUGUGACACCGAGGGCCCAGAGCCGGCUGUGACACCGAGGGCCCAGAGCCGGCUGUGACACCGAGGGCCCAGAGCCGGCUGUGACACCGAGGGCCCAGAGCCGGCUGUGACACCGAGGGCCCAGAGCCGGCUGUGACACCGAGGGGCCAGAGCUGCUGUGACACCGAGGGCCCAGAGCCGGCUGUGACACCGAGGGCCCAGAGCCGGCUGUGACACCGAGGGCCCAGAGCCGGCUGUGACACCGAGGGCCCGGAGCCGGCUGUGACACCGAGGGCCCGGAGCCGGCUGUGACACCGAGGGCCCGGAGCCGGCUGUGACACCGAGGGCCCAGAGCCGGCUGUGACACCGAGGGCCCGGAGCCGGCUGUGACACCGAGGGCCCGGAGCCGGCUGUGACACCGAGGGCCCAGAGCCGGCUGUGACACCGAGGUCCCCAGAGCCGGCUGUGACACCGAGGGCCCCAGAGCUGCUGUGACACCGAGGGCCCCAGAGCUGCUGUGACACCGAGGGCCCCGAGCCGGCUGUGACACCGAGGGCCCAGAGCCGGCUGUGACACCGAGGGCCCAGAGCCGGCUGUGACACCGAGGUCCCCAGUGCUGCUGUGACACCGAGGGCCCCAGAGCUGCUGUGACACCGAGGGCCCCGAGCCGGCUGUGACACCGAGGGCCCCAGAGCUGCUGUGACACCGAGGGCCCCAGAGCCGGCUGUGACACCGAGGGCCCAGAGGCGGCUGUGACACCGAGGGCCCAGAGGCGGCUGUGACACCGAGGGCCCCAGAGCCGGCUGUGACACCGAGGGCCCAGAGCCGGCUGUGACACCGAGGGCCCAGAGGCGGCUGUGACACCGAGGGCCCCAGAGCUGCUGUGACACCGAGGGCCCAGAGCCGGCUGUGACACCGAGGGCCCAGAGCCGGCUGUGACACCGAGGGCCCAGAGCUGGCUGUGACACCGAGGGCCCAGAGCCGGCUGUGACACCGAGGGCCCCAGAGCUGCUGUGACACCGAGGGCCCAGAGCCGGCUGUGACACCGAGGGCCCAGAGCUGCUGUGACACCGAGGGCCCAGAGGCGGCUGUGACACCGAGGGCCCCAGAGCUGGCUGUGACACCGAGGGCCCAGAGCCGGCUGUGACACCGAGGGCCCCAGAGCCGGCUGUGACACCGAGGGCCCCAUAGCUGCUGUGACACCAAGGGCCCAGAGCCGGCUGUGACACCGAGGGCCCCAGAGCUGGCUGUGACACCGAGGGCCCAGAGCUGCUGUGACACCGAGGUCCCCAGUGCUGCUGUGACACCGAGGGCCCCAGAGCUGCUGUGACACCCAGGGAUGCUGCCCUGCCCGGGACUGGCUGCCGAGGUUUCCUUCUUGGAGCAGCAAAGGAGAAAUUGCACUAUUGCACGUUAUAUUCUAUUGUUUACUAUGAAGUUGUGUUUUAGCUUUUGGUAGGUUUUAUUCUCCCUCUUUGUUCUCCACCUUUUUCUUUUUGGAUAUGUGCAAGGUCUGGAAAUGUAUAUUUUUUGGUUUUUUUCUGUUGUUAAGAAAUGUAGAAAACUGCCCUUAUGAGAUGAAGAAAGACAAGGAUGUGUUCAAUUUACCUUUUUAUCUCCUGAAUCUUCUUUGGGAGAGAAUUCUGAUGCAAGCAGGAAUGAGAUCUGGCAAAGAUUAUUGCUUAAAGUCGUGCCUCACAGUUGCUCUCCCUGUUCACUCUUUCUUGGUCACUGUUUGCUGAAACUUGCUCUCUUUUGGGUAGGUUGUUACCUGAAGUGUAUAAUUUUUUACUCUGAAAUAUAAUUCUGAAAUACAUUUUUUUUUUUUUUGCUAAGAGAACUGUUUGAAUCAGCACAGCUCUGUUAAGUUUUCUUACAGAUAAACCGCUUGCACAAGGCAGAGUCUAACUUUAAAUAUUUCCUGCAACAAACACGAUGUGCAUGUACCCAGGGAACCUGGGUUUUCCAGUGCUUUGGGCCUUGAAGGAAAUAUUUAGUUCUGUAACAAUAAUUUGUAACUAAAUUUACGCUUCUUCUCUUAUAAUGGCAGUUUUUUUCCCUUUUCUCAGCUGAGUUAUAGGAGUAGACAGACCAGGCCUGCUCCUCAGUACAGGUCUGCAGUUUAGCCUUUUGAUUUUGUGGUGUUACUCUUAAAUCCAUGCCUACAUAAACAAGUGUUCAAUGCUCAGUAACAUAUGUCCAAUAAAAGAAUUGUAGUUGCCAUCCACAGACCUUACCUGACUUCUGAACCAACAUCAUAUUGCUAAUACUACCUUUGAAAAUAUAAAACAAAAUAAAAAACACUUAAUUUUUGUGCUUUAAUAGAA